AUGAGGUUUCGAGAUAAUCAGAUAGCAAGUUUUUCAGCAACUACAGUCCAUUUAGAACAUAUUACAACGGCUUUACAAUGUCUAACACCGUUUGGUAUCAAGGAAGAUGUUUUGAUUUAUAUCGAUAAAGAUGGUCUUUCAUUUGUAAGGGAGAAUAAUCAUUCAGUCAAAAUUCAAUUACUUUUAUCUAGAGAACUGUUUAUGUCAUAUUGCUUCGAUGAAAUUAACGGGACUGAGGAUAAUAACGAUGCAAACAAUAUGAAAUUGUGUGUUAAGAUUAAUCAUAUUCUAGAUAGUGUUAAUGUAGCAAAUAGGAAUUUAGAUGAUAUUGUAGAAUGCACACUUUCAUAUGAUGGCGAAGGAACGCCAUUUGUGUUAAUUUUUGAAGAUUCUAUGAUAUCAGAAAGAGUAGAGUAUUCCACUUUUUUAAUCAAAGAUAUGGAUAAUAGUGAUUUACAAAUAAUACGAGACGAAAUUGUGCUAGAAUGCAUUAUUAAAGGCGAUGUUUUGUAUAGUGCAUUACAGGAUUUGAAAGAUAUCAAUUGCAAAGACUGUUACAUAUAUGCCAAAACCAAAAGCAAUGGUGAAAAUAUCUUUUGCUUUGUUUCAAAAUCAGAUUUAGGAAUGUCCAAGAUAAAAUUGCCAGGUGUACGAUCUAUUUUAGAAAAACUGGAGAUUUACGAGAGUGAUUUCGCUACUUUGUGCUAUGAUGUGCCUGUUAUAGGCUUUUUUGACUUUGGCACUUUCGAUAAAAUCAGGGCCAGUACAAAAAUUGCUAGUAAAGUGCUCUUCAGGAUGGAUUCUAAUGGGCUAUUAAGUGUUAAUAUCCUUAGUCAAACUGAUAACGUCAUAAUUUCUGAUACAAGAAACAGCAACCGUUCUAAUUCUGGAGGUGCCAAACAAUUACAGUUGCCUAAGGACUACCCUGGGAUUGUCAUCGAAGUUUCUAUAUUGGGCAAAGAGGAGCUCGACGAAUUUUCGAUACAUGAUGUCGAAAAAUUGAUGGAAACUAAGACUGGUACAGAUGACAAGCACGUAGAGAACCACAAUAUAAAAAGAUCCCUUGGAUUAACAGUAAAUAACAACCUCCUUGACUUAUCUACCGAUGGAAAUUCUAACGCAAUCACAAGGACCGACGGAGAUUCUGAGGAUGAAAACAGGGCUGGCCUCACACAAUCAGCUAAUGAUCUACCACUAUUUUUCUAG